CGCAAAGAGUCUUAUCCCAAAUUGAUGCUGCACAGAAAAAAUUGCAAGAUGUCUCCAUGAAGUUUCGAUUAUUCCAGAAACCAGCCAAUUUUGAACAGCGUCUACAGGAAAGUAAGAUGAUCUUAGAUGAAGUGAAGAUGCAUUUGCCUGCGUUGGAAACAAAGAGUGUUGAACAGGAAGUAGUGCAGUCACAGUUGAAUCACUGUGUGAACUUGUAUAAAAGUCUGAGUGAAGUGAAGUCUGAAGUGGAGAUGGUAAUAAAAACUGGACGUCAGAUUGUACAGAAAAAACAGACGGAAAACCCCAAAGAGCUUGAUGAAAGAGUAACAGCUUUGAAAUUGCAUUAUAAUGAGCUGGGUGCAAAGGUAACAGAAAGAAAGCAACAGUUGGAAAAAUGCUUGAAAUUGUCCCGUAAGAUGCGAAAGGAAAUGAAUGCCUUGACAGAAUGGCUGGCAGCUACAGAUAUGGAAUUGACAAAGAGAUCAGCAGUUGAAGGAGUGCCUAGUAAUUUGGAUUCCGAAGUUGCCUGGGGAAAGGCUACUCAGAAAGAGAUUGAGAAACAGAAAGUUCACCUGAAGAGUAUCACAGAUCUAGGAGAGGCCUUGAAAGCAGUUUUGGGCAAGAAGGAGACCUUAGUGGAAGACAAACUCAGUCUUCUGAAUAGUAACUGGAUAGCUGUUACUUCCCGAGCAGAAGAGUGGUUAAACCUCUUGUUGGAAUACCAGAAACACAUGGAAACCUUUGACCAGAAUGUGGAUCACAUCACAAAAUGGAUCAUUCAAGCUGAUACACUUUUGGAUGAAUCAGAGAAAAAGAAACCCCAGCAAAGAGAAGAUGUGCUUAAGCAUUUAAAGGCUGAAUUGAAUGACAUACGCCCAAAGGUGGACUCAACGCGUGACCAAGCAGCACACUUGAUGGCAAACCGUGGUGAUCACUGCAGGAAAGUAGUAGAACCCCAAAUCUCAGAGCUCAACCAUCGAUUUGCAGCCAUUUCUCACAGAAUUAAGACUGGAAAGGCCUCCAUUCCUUUGAAGGAAUUGGAGCAGUUUAACUCAGAUAUACAAAAAUUGCUUGAACCACUGGAGGCUGAAAUUCAGCAGGGGGUGAAUCUGAAAGAGGAAGACUUCAAUAAAGAUAUGAGUGAAGACAAUGAGGGUACUGUAAAAGAAUUGUUACAAAGAGGAGACAACUUACAACAAAGAAUCACAGAUGAGAGAAAGCGAGAGGAAAUAAAGAUAAAACAGCACCUGUUACAGACAAAACAUAAUGCUCUCAAGGAUUUGAGGUCUCAAAGAAGAAAAAAGGCUCUAGAAAUUUCUCAUCAGUGGUAUCAGUACAAGAGGCAGGCUGAUGAUCUCCUGAAAUGCUUGGAUGACAUUGAAAAAAAAUUAGCCAGCCUACCUGAACCCAGAGAUGAAAGGAAAAUAAAGGAAAUUGAUCGUGAAUUGCAGAAGAAGAAAGACGAGCUGAAUGCAGUGCGUAGGCAAGCUGAGGGCUUGUCUGAGGAUGGGGCCGCAAUGGCAGUGGAGCCAAUUCAGAUCCAGCUCAGCAAGCGCUGGCGGGAAAUUGAGAGCAAAUUUGCUCAGUUUCGAAGACUCAACUUUGCACAAAUUCGCACUGUCCGUGAAGAAACGGUGAUAGUGACGACUGAAGACAUGCCUUUGGAAAUCUCUUAUGUGCCUUCUACUUAUCUGACUGAGAUCACUUAUGCCUCACAAGCCCUAUCAGAAGUGGAACAGCUUCUCAGUGCUCCUGACCUCUGUGCUAAAGAUUUUGAAGAUCUCUUUAAACAAGAAGAGUCUCUAAAGAAUAUAAAAGACAAUCUGCAACAAAUCUCAGGUCGGAUUGACAUUAUUCAUAACAAGAAGAUGGCAGCAAUGCAAAGCGCCACACCUGUGGAAAAGGUGAAGCUACAGGAAGCUCUCUCACAGCUCGAUUUCCAAUGGGAAAAAGUUAACAAGAUAUACAAGGACCGACAAGGACAAUUUGACAGAUCUGUUGAAAAAUGGAGGCGUUUUCAUUAUGAUAUGAAGAUUUUUAACCAAUGGCUAACAGAAGCUGAACAGUUUCUCAAAAAGACACAAACUCCUGAGAGCUGGGAACACGCUAAAUACAAAUGGUAUCUUAAGGAACUCCAGGAUGGCAUCCGGCAGCGGCAAACUGUUGUAAGAACAUUGAACGCAACUGGGGAAGAAAUAAUUCAACAGUCCUCAAAAACCGAUGCUAAUAUUCUACAGGAGAAGUUGGGAGGCCUGAAUCUGCGGUGGCAGGAGGUCUGCAAACAGCUGGCAGAAAGAAAAAAGAGGCUAGAAGAACAAAAGAAUAUCUUGUCAGAAUUUCAAAGAGAUUUAAAUGAAUUUGUUUUAUGGUUGGAAGAAGCGGAUAACAUGGCUAGGAUUCCACUUGAACCUGGAAAUGAGCAGCAGCUAAAAGAAAAGCUUGAACACGUCAAGUUACUGGCAGAAGAGUUGCCCCUGCGCCAGGGAAUUCUAAAACAAUUAAAUGAAACCGGAGGAACAGUGCUUGUAAGUGCUCCCAUAAGCCCAGAAGAGCAAGAUAAACUUGAAAAUAAGCUCAAGCAGACAAAUCUCCAGUGGAUAAAGGUUUCCAAAACUUUACCCGAGAAACAAGGAGAAAUUGAGGCUCGCAUAAAAGACCUUGGGCAGCUUGAAGAGCAGUUAAAUCAUCUGCUUCUGUGGCUGUCUCCUAUUAGGAAUCAGUUGGAAAUUUACAACCAACCAAAUCAAACAGGACCAUUUGACAUUAAGGAAACUGAAGUAGCAGUUCGAGCUAAACAACCGGAUGUGGAAGGGAUUUUGUCUAAAGGGCAGCAUUUGUACAAGGAAAAACCAGCCACUCAGCCAGUAAAGAGGAAGUUAGAAGAUCUGAGCUCUGAGUGGAAGGCAGUGAACCAUCUGCUUCAAGAGCUGAAGGCAAAGCAGCCUGACCUAGCUCCUACUGUGGCCUCUCUUGGAGCCUCUCCUAGUCAGACUGUUACUCUGGUGACACAACCUGUGGUUACCAAGGAAACUGCCAUCUUCAAAGUAGAAAUGCCAUCUUCCUUGCUGUUGGAGGUACCUGCUCUGGCAGAUUUCAACCGAGCUUGGACAGAACUUACCGACUGGCUUUCUCUGCUCGAUCGAGUUCUAAAAUCACAGAGAGUAAUGGUGGGUGAUCUCGAAGACAUCAACGAGAUGAUCAUCAAGCAGAAGGCAACACUGCAGGAUUUGGAACAGAGGCGCCCCCAGUUGGAAGAACUCAUAACUGCUGCCCAGAAUUUGAAAAACAAGACCAGCAAUCAAGAGGCUAGAACAAUCAUUACUGAUCGAAUUGAAAGAAUUCAGAAUCAGUGGGAUGAAGUACAGGAGCAUCUUCAGAACCGGAGGCAACAGUUGAAUGAAAUGCUAAAGGAUUCAACACAAUGGCUGGAAGCUAAGGAGGAAGCUGAGCAGGUCAUAGGACAAGCUAGAGCCAAGCUUGAUUCAUGGAAGGAGGGUCCCUAUACAAUGGAUACAAUCCAAAAGAAAAUCACAGAAACCAAGCAGUUGGCCAAAGACAUCCGUCAGUGGCAGAUAAAUAUAGAUGUGGCAAAUGACUUGGCACUGAAACUUCUCCGGGAUUAUUCUGCAGAUGAUACCAGAAAAGUACACAUGAUAACAGAGAACAUCAAUGCCUCUUGGGGAAGCAUUCAUAAAAGAGUGAGUGAGCGAGAGGCUGCUUUGGAAGAAACUCAUAGAUUACUGCAACAGUUCCCCUUGGACCUGGAGAAGUUUCUUGCCUGGCUCACAGAAGCUGAAACAACUGCCAACGUCUUACAGGAUGCUACCCAUAAGGAGAGGCUUCUAGAAGACUCAAAGGGCGUAAGAGAGCUGAUGAAACAAUGGCAAGACCUCCAAGGAGAAAUUGAAGCUCACACAGAUAUCUAUCACAACCUGGAUGAAAACGGCCAAAAAAUCCUGAGAUCCCUGGAAGGUUCUGAUGAUGCCGUCCUGUUGCAAAGACGUUUGGAUAACAUGAACUUUAAGUGGAGUGAACUUCGGAAAAAGUCUCUCAACAUUAGGUCCCAUUUGGAAGCCAGUUCUGACCAGUGGAAGCGUCUCCACCUUUCUCUUCAGGAACUUCUGGUGUGGCUACAGCUGAAAGAUGAUGAAUUAAGCCGACAGGCACCAAUUGGAGGCGAUUUUCCAGCAGUUCAGAAGCAGAAUGAUGUACACAGGGCCUUCAAGAGGGAAUUGAAAACUAAAGAACCUGUAAUCAUGAGUACUCUUGAGACUGUACGAAUAUUUCUGACAGAGCAGCCUUUGGAAGGACUAGAGAAACUCUACCAGGAGCCCAGAGAGCUGCCUCCUGAGGAAAGAGCCCAGAAUGUCACUCGACUCCUGCGAAAACAGGCUGAGGAGGUCAACACUGAGUGGGAAAAAUUGAACCUGCACUCCACAGACUGGCAGAGGAAAAUAGAUGAAGCCCUAGAAAAACUCCAGGAACUUCAGGAGGCAACAGAUGAGCUAGAUCUCAAGCUACGCCAAGCUGAGGUGAUCAAGGGAGCCUGGCAGCCUGUGGGCGAUCUCCUCAUCGACUCUCUCCAAGAUCACCUCGAAAAAGUCAAGGCACUUCGAGGGGAAAUUGCACCUCUUAAAGAGAAUGUAAGCCACGUCAAUGACCUUGCUCGCCAGCUUACCACGCUGGGCAUUCAGCUCUCACCAUAUAACCUCAGUACUCUGGAAGACCUGAACACCAGGUGGAAACUUCUGCAGGUGGCUGUAGAGGACCGAGUCAGGCAGCUACAUGAAGCCCACAGGGACUUUGGCCCAGCGUCUCAGCACUUCCUUUCCACCUCUGUCCAGGGUCCCUGGGAGAGAGCCAUCUCACCAAACAAAGUGCCCUACUAUAUCAACCAUGAGACCCAAACAACUUGCUGGGACCAUCCCAAAAUGACAGAGCUCUACCAGUCUUUAGCUGACCUGAAUAAUGUCAGAUUCUCAGCUUAUAGGACUGCCAUGAAACUCCGAAGACUGCAAAAGGCCCUUUGCUUGGAUCUCUUGAGCCUGUCAGCUGCAUGUGAUGCCUUGGACCAGCACAACCUCAAGCAAAAUGACCAGCCCAUGGAUAUCCUGCAGAUCAUUAAUUGUCUGACCACUAUUUAUGAUCGCCUCGAGCAAGAGCACAACAAUUUGGUCAACGUCCCUCUCUGCGUAGAUAUGUGUCUCAACUGGCUGUUGAAUGUUUAUGACACGGGACGAACAGGGAGGAUCCGUGUCCUGUCUUUUAAAACUGGCAUCAUUUCUCUGUGUAAAGCACAUUUGGAAGACAAGUACAGAUACCUUUUCAAGCAAGUGGCAAGUUCAACAGGAUUUUGUGACCAGCGCAGAUUGGGCCUCCUCCUGCAUGAUUCUAUCCAAAUACCAAGGCAGCUGGGUGAAGUUGCAUCCUUUGGAGGCAGUAACAUUGAACCGAGUGUGAGGAGCUGCUUCCAAUUUGCUAACAAUAAGCCCGAGAUUGAAGCAGCCCUCUUCCUAGACUGGAUGAGACUGGAACCCCAGUCCAUGGUGUGGCUGCCCGUCCUGCACAGAGUGGCUGCUGCAGAAACUGCCAAGCAUCAGGCCAAGUGUAACAUCUGCAAGGAGUGUCCAAUCAUCGGAUUCAGGUACAGGAGUUUAAAGCACUUUAAUUAUGACAUUUUCCAAAGCUGCUUUUUCUCUGGUCGAGUUGCGAAAGGCCAUAAAAUGCACUAUCCCAUGGUGGAAUAUUGCACUCCGACUACAUCAGGAGAAGAUGUCCGUGACUUUGCCAAGGUACUAAAAAACAAAUUUCGAACCAAAAGGUAUUUUGCGAAGCAUCCCCGCAUGGGCUACCUGCCAGUACAGACUGUCUUAGAGGGGGACAACAUGGAAACUCCCGUUACUCUGAUCAACUUCUGGCCGGUAGAUUCUGCGCCUGCCUCGUCCCCUCAGCUUUCACACGAUGAUACUCAUUCACGCAUUGAACAUUAUGCUAGCAGGCUAGCAGAAAUGGAAAACAGCAAUGGAUCUUAUCUAAAUGAUAGCAUCUCUCCUAAUGAGAGCAUAGAUGAUGAACAUUUGUUAAUCCAGCAUUACUGCCAAAGUUUGAACCAGGACUCCCCCUUGAGCCAGCCUCGUAGUCCUGCCCAGAUCUUGAUUUCCUUAGAGAGUGAGGAAAGAGGGGAGCUAGAGAGAAUCCUAGCAGAUCUUGAGGAAGAAAACAGGAAUCUACAAGCUGAAUAUGAUCGUCUAAAGCAGCAGCAUGAACAUAAAGGCCUGUCCCCACUGCCGUCCCCUCCUGAAAUGAUGCCCACCUCUCCUCAGAGUCCUCGGGAUGCUGAGCUCAUUGCUGAGGCCAAGCUACUGCGUCAACACAAAGGCCGCCUGGAAGCCAGGAUGCAAAUCCUGGAAGACCAUAACAAACAGCUGGAGUCCCAGUUACACAGGCUAAGGCAGCUGCUGGAGCAACCCCAGGCAGAGGCCAAGGUGAAUGGUACAACGGUGUCUUCUCCUUCUACCUCUCUUCAGAGGUCAGACAGCAGUCAGCCCAUGCUGCUUCGAGUGGUUGGCAGUCAAACUUCAGAAUCCAUGGGUGAGGAAGAUCUUCUCAGUCCUCCCCAGGACACAAGCACAGGGUUAGAGGAGGUAAUGGAGCAACUCAACAACUCCUUCCCUAGUUCUAGAGGACACAAUGUAGGAAGCCUUUUCCACAUGGCAGAUGAUUUGGGCAGAGCGAUGGAGUCCUUAGUUUCAGUCAUGACAGAUGAAGAAGGGGCAGAAUAAAUGUUUUACAACUCCUGAUUCCCGCAUGGUUUUUAUAAUAUUCAUACAACAAAGAGGAUUAGACAGUAAGAGUUUACAAGAAAUAAAAUCUAUAUUUUUGUGAAGGGUAGUGGUACUAUACUGUAGAUUUCAGUAGUUUCUAAGUCUGUUAUUGUUUUGUUAACAAUGGCAGGUUUUACACGUCUAUGCAAUUGUACAAAAAAGUUAUAAGAAAACUACAUGUAAAAUCUUGAUAGCUAAAUAACUUGCCAUUUCUUUAUAUGAAACACAUUUUGGGUUGUUUAAAAAUUUAUAACAGUUAUAAAGGAAGAUUGUAAACUAAAGUGUGCUUUAUAAAAAAAAAAGUUGUUUAUAAAAACCCCUAAAAACAAACACAUAUACACACAAACAAACACACACACACACACACACACACACACAGACACACACACACAUACAAACACACACACAAACUUUGAGGCAGCGCAUUGUUUUGCAUCCUUUCAACGUGAUAUCCAUAUGAAGUUCAUGGCUUUUGUUUUCUUCUUGCAUAUGAAAAAAAUAGGACUUCCUCUAACACCACCAAAUGACUAUUUCACUUGUUCUUUUGGGAAUUGUUAGCUGAGUGGGGCUGGCUGUGUGUUUGCAUUUUAUACAUCUAUAUGUCUAUACAUAAAUACUAUAGGUAUAUAGAUAAAUAGACAUGAGUUUCUAUAGACCUUUUAAAUUUCUUCUUCAAAUGUUCCUGCUACUUCUAAUGGAAAGAAAUUGCUUCUAGUUAUCCAGGCUUACCUGCUUGGUCUAGAAUGAAUUUUCCCUGGAGCCUGAAGCCAGGAGGAAACUACCACACUAAAACAUUGUCUGGGGCUCCAGAUGUUUCUCAUUUUAAGCUUUCCACAGACAACUAGAAUAUUGAAUUUUUUUAAAGGAACAUGUGAAUGAAUACACAGGACUUACUAUAUCAGAGUAAUCCAUUGGCUGAUAUAGUCAGCUUCCGCCUCCUGCCACUGGCAAUGCCACGAUUUAGAUUUAAAUCUUAAUCAGUGGAAGGCAGAGCAUCCCAAGGCAUUUUUAACUCCCAGGGAGGAGGAGGACAAUGGUACGACUGGAAGGCUAUGGAUUACCAGCCAAUCCCUGCUAGGGAGCAAGCCACUUCUUGAAGAAAUGGACAAAUGUUUAUAACCACACAUAGAGGUUUCUAUAAUUACAACUAAAUGAUUCUGCCCUCUUCUCACAGUCAAACAGAUAUAGAUAGGCUUUAUAUUAUUUAGCUCCCCCCCCCCGUUGCAAUGAGUUUUUAAUUGUCACAAGACUUAAUUUUAAAAAACCCUCGGGAAAAUGUGUAAAGCCCCAAUUGCAUCAUGAUAGUGGUAAAUAUCUACCCAGAAGCCCAUGAACUGUGUUUCUGUCCUAUGCAU